GGUAUUCUCCACCUAUUUUCAUUCUGAAAAAACAGAGCAAAUAAAAACAAUUCGGCCAUGGCAGCAAGAGUUGCAAUUCAGAUCAAAUUUCUGGCAAGCUGUAAACUGGAUAUCAAACGACGGAAGACACCAACUCCGCCGCCUUCUCACGCUCCGCCACGUGUCAGUUAAUCCACCGCAAUAAAUAACGCAGCAUUCUAUAGUCCGACCAAAUAGUCCAAUCAAAAUCCGCGAAAAUGGACGGCCCAGAUGUCGUCACGAUUAAGAGGGAAAGAUCGGUUUCGAAUAGUGAGGCUGACGUCAUCAAAAUUCAGGCCGAUUUUUACGAGGACUUAUGAGGAGACGGACAACGAUAUCUUGGAAAAUGUGGUGGGUUCUCGAGGCGGUUCGACUGCGGUGACGGCGAUAGUGAUCGACGGGGAGAAGGUGGUUGUGGCGAACGUUGGCGAUUCAUGUAGAAAUGGGGAGGCGAAGCAGGUGUCGGUGGACCAUGAGGAGUUGAAGGAGAAGAAAAUGGUUGAGAGCAAGGGCGGGUUCGUGUCCCAUAAACCGGGGAAUAUUCCGAGGGUGGACGGGCAGCUUGCGAUGACGAGGGCGUUUGGAGACGGGCGGCUCAAGGCUCACAUUACAUCGAGACCGGAUAUUGGUAUAGAGAAGAUUGAUGAACACACGGAGUCAGUGGCGGAUCCAGGAUCCGGAAUCGGAGGGGGCGGAAUAUAUAGUAUUAGCUUGAUUUAGUGCGGACAUGGCUAUUCUUUUCGUUGUUCGGGGUGACGCCGGAGGCAAACGGAGGGGGCGAACAUGGUAAUUUUACGUCCCGAUAAGGGGAAAAUAAUCGCACGGAGGGGGCGACCGCCCCCUCCUGCCCCCCCCUAGAUCCGCCACUGCACGGAGUUCAUCCUAUUAGCGAGCGAUGGAGUGUGGCACGUAAAGUCGAAUGAAGAUGCUGUGGAUUGCAUAAGAGGAAUGAAGGAUGGUGGUGAGAGGCUGCAAAAGAGUUGACCAAUCAGGCACUUUCAAGAGGCUCCAAAGAUGACAUUUCAUGUGGUGUUGUCAUGUUUCGAGAUUGAUCGAUACUUCUAUCUCUUAAGUUGUGUUGCCACAUUUUAUAAAUACCCUAAUAAAAUGGACUAGUGUUUUGGCUUUUCUAGUCAAGGUAGUGUAGUAACUCACUCUGACCAUCUAUUUUCGACUACUCGUCUACUACUUAGCACUAUUUGACAUGAA